AUGCAAAAUAAUGAUCAGACUACCCAACAACCUUCAAAUGAAGCUUCAACAUCAACAAUAGUAAAAAACGCCUCCAAAUGUUUGGUUUGUGGACAAGAAAAUCCAAAAAUGCAUUAUGGCGUUUUAGCUUGUCUUGGAUGUAAAGGCUUCUUCCGUCGAGCACUUAAAAAAUUAAACGAAUACGAAUGCUUUCACAACAAUAAUUGUAUUAUUGAUAAAAAUGAACGAACUUCUUGCCGAGCUUGCCGACUCCAAAAAUGUUUGGAUGUUGGGAUGGACCCCGCUGCUGUUCGCCCUGACCGUUCACUAACCGGAAAACAACAAUUAGAAACACAUCGAUUUUCACUUUCACCAAUUCGCAGACGUUUAAGUUCAAUUGAUGAAAAAACGACAAAUAACAACGAUGAAAAGACAAAAAAUUUAAGUCAAAAAUUGCCUGUUGAUUUGCGCACAAUGCUAAUGACUCUACAAAAUAUUGAAGCAAAAGUUGUCCAUGGAGACACUACCCACGAUGCUGCAGACAUUUACCCACUACGAAUAAACACAAUUAGAGAAAUUAUUGAAGAACCUAAAAAAUUGAUGGGAAGGCGAACCGAGGUGAGAAAUCAAUUUUGCACUUUAGAAGUGAAAACCCUCAAGAUCAACCCGCUAGCGAUCAACCUGAAAAACCAUUUAAAUACUUGGCUAAACUAUAUUUUCCGGGGGUUUUUAUUAUGGGACAUUCUAUAUUUCAAUCGAAAGAGCUCACUAGCUGAGUCGAGUGACAAAAAAUAGAGCUGAAACUCACCUCUGUUUUUUGACCAUUUCGAGCCCUUUUCACCAAUGGAAGCCCAUUUCAAUUAUGAAAGGUUCAAUGAGACCCGUUAAAAAUAGAAGCCCAGAGAUUCAAUUUGGUCUUGUGUGUUAUUUUUCUUCU